CAAGUGUGACUUAUUAAACUGUAAUAUUCCUUCUCAAAAGAAGGAAUAAUAAAACGUCCUGUUAUCAGUGUUAGUCAUAAAACAAGAUUUUCAACAACUUAUAUGCUAAGAUAUAGUAAUACAAAAUGACGGAUAGAAUUUAUUUCGUUGUGGUUUUAUUCAUUUGUGUCACAGUUGUACAUGCCGGGGAAUACUGUACAAAGAACAAUCUACAUGUAUUUGGAUCAAUAUUAAAUUUGGACGACAGAAUUUACUGCUCAACGUCUUGUUGUGGAGAUAAAUAUAACAGAUACUGCUGUGUCAGCAAUACAGGACUCAUCGUAGGUAUUGUGCUUGGUGUAAUUAGUCUUGUUGCAGUGAUAGUGUCAGUGUUGGUGGCUGUAUUCUGUUGCUGUCGAAAAAACAGAGGACAGACGGGACAGGUGUGUCAACCAGUAGGCGUAACAACUACAGUACCGGUGUAUGGUGUGCAGACAACCGCUGUAGGGUAUGGACAAGUUGGUUAUACAAAUGUCGCAUUUUCGCAACAAAUACAGACAACAAACAUGCCUGGUCCAGCAGAUAAUUCCCAGAAAUGGCAACAGCCUCCACUUCCAUACACUACUGCCGUCACAAGCUAAAUCUAAUACGUGGAAAAAGAUGUCAUUGAAUUCGUUUAAAGCCGAUAUCAUAAAAGUCAGUCAUACAUUAGUGUCAGAAGUAUAUAUACAAAUAUUGUAUUAUUCUACUCAGCUGUGAAUAUCAGACUUUUCAUCAUUUACAUUCAUACUACAUCUACUCGUCGUCCUACAAUAGACAGUUGAACUAAAAAUACAAGCUUCAAGUAGACACUACAUAUUUAAUAUGGUCACGGAGGCCCAAAAUACUCUUCGAAUAGUUAAGCUAAAAAUACAGCUUUUUAUUAGUUUUGGUUCAAUUAUUUUUCUGCAGAACUUUAUAAAGCCUUUAUUGAUUAUAAGUGAGGUAAUGACAGCUGAUUACAUUUAUUUAGUUUACAGUUGUUUAUUUAUUUUAAACUGAUCACGUUGCAAUGUCGUUUUUAGCUCACCCGAGCAAUGAUCAGGUGAGUUAUUGUGAUCGCUCGAUGUCCGGCGUCUGUCUGUUUGUCUGUCGUUUGUCAACAUUUAGAUUGUGUAUGCGAUAGAGGCUGUAAUUUUCAUCUGAUAUUCGUGAAAUUAAUUCAGAAUGAUUGCCUUGAUAAAAUCUAGUUGAAAUUUGAAAAUAGAUCAUUUGGCUUCAAAAACUAGGUCACUAGGUCAUAUCAAAGAAAAUACUUGUUUUAACUGAAGAUACUACAUUUAUGGUCUAAUCCUAUGGAUCAUCUGGGGUCAAAAAGUAGGUCACUAGGUCAAAUCAAAGAAAAACCUUGUGUAUGCAGUAAAGGCUAUAUUUUUCAAUUGAUCUUCAUGAAAUUUGGUCAGAAUAAUUGCCUUGAUAAAAUCUAGUUGAAAUUUGAAUAAAGAUCAUCUGGAAUCAAAAACUAGAUCACUAGGUCAUAUCAAAGAAAAUACUUGUUUAAACUCAAGACACCACAUUUAUGGUCCAAUCCUAAUGAAAAUUGGCCAGAAUAUUUGAUUCCAUGAAAUCAUUAGGUCAAACAUGUUUACACUGUUAUGGUGUGUUUCUCAGGUGAGCGACCUAGGGUAAUCUUGGCUCUUUUGUUUUGCUACAUAUUUAUCAAUUUUCUAAUAUUUUUGUUUCUCACAACGUUCAUGUGUUACGUUAUUUUCUUUUAAAUUAUUAUUUAUUUAUUUGCUUUUAAAUAAAUGUUAUACUUCACACUAUUUUAUUCAUUUCUGUCAUUAUUCGUAUUUUAAAAUCGUACCAUUGAUUUGAUUAUUAUAAUUAUAAUAGUUUUCCAAUCUCCUGAUAAUUCCUAUAUAACACAAACAAGUUUUAAUGAAGUUUACAUCUAAGAAGAAUUCGGACAUUUACUUUUGAUAUACGUGAAAUACUUUAAAGCUGCCGUUUCUCUUAUAGGAAGUUUAAAAGUAGCAAAGUUAUGUAUUAUCCCUAGACCUAUUUUUUUUUUAAAUGAACGAGUUGCAUUUUAUUCGACACAAAAAAGGUCAUAUAUCGUCGAGAAAAGGUAUAUCGUAUUGAAUUUCAUUAAAUAUGUGAAGACAUAUAUGUACAUGUAUUAAAUCAUAGCAAUUUUGCAAUAAAUGAAAGUAAAAAUA